AUGCAGUACCGACUGGUUUCUAUGUUCGCCGCAGGUGCACUGGUGGCUAUGAGCAGCGCUGCGCCUGUCCCAUCACCUGAUAACCUGUCCAUCACCAACCCCCCAAACACCAUUGAACUCGGCAAGCCCUCAUCAGAAAUCUCCUGGGGCACGAGCAUCGACACCGAAGUCACCAACCCCGACGACAUCGUCCUCACGCCGCCCAAUUCGGAAAUCAUCUGGAGCAAGGAGAAGAAGGCACGCGGUGUCGAGUUUGAAAAGCCAAAGGAUAGCUUCAACCUGGGCAACGCAAGCACGGUUGUCACGUGGGGCAAGCGCGAUUCCACCACUGGUGUUACACCCGAGGAUACUAUUGAGCUGGGCGAGCCUAGCACUGAGAUCACGUGGAGUAAGGAGAAGCGUGACGAGCUUGUCACGCCAGAUGAUAGCAUCAGUCUUGGUAAGCCAUCGACAGUCGUGACGUGGUCUUGA